AUGUGUCCCAUUUCAAUCAAAUAUGGUGUGAAGCCAGGCCCAGGAAGCAAGAUGGUAAUGUUAUCAGCCAAACUGAAACAGAGGACAAUGGCUGAAGGAAUUAGCUAAAAUCUGAAAAGUAAAUCCCUUAAUUUUUACAACAGCUACAGGAAAUUAUUUGACUGGGAGAUUACUAAUUAUGUUUUGCACAGGAGCACACUCUACAAAGGCCUCCAAGGGAACUGCCUGACCUGUCUGUCCUGCGUGUAUCUGAGGUGUACAAGGACUUUCACAUUGAAACGGCACCAUUGAUCACCACAAUGGGGAUCAACAGCGAGGUCCCAUUGGUCAACUCUGCUUUUGGAAAAGUCCAGGCAUGA